UUUCCCCCACUCCCAUCCGCCCCAUCCACCAUCCAUCUGUCCCUCCCCCAUUGCAUGCGGGAAAGAAAGAAGAAUCAAGAAACCAAGGAAGAACCACCGCCGUUGGCUACCACCACUCGCACACAACACCAAGAAGAACGAGAAGAGGCGGAGGCCAAUAAUAGGAAAGAAGAAAAGAAAGCAGAGGAAUUGGGACGAUAUGGGCGUGGAUUACUACAAGAUUCUCCAGGUGGACAGGAACGCCAAAGACGAUGACCUCAAGAAGGCCUAUCGCAAGCUCGCCAUGAAAUGGCACCCCGACAAGAACCCCAACAACAAGAAGGAGGCCGAGGCCAAGUUCAAACAGAUCUCCGAAGCCUACGAGGUCCUGAGCGAUCCGCAGAAGCGGGCGAUCUACGACCAGUACGGCGAGGAUGGGCUCAAGGGGCAGGUCCCGCCGCCCGGAGCCGGCGGCACCUCCUUCUUCUCUGGCGAGGACGGGCCCAACGUGUUCCGGUUCAAUCCCAGGAAUGCGGACGAUAUAUUCGCCGAGUUCUUUGGGUUCUCCAGCCCCUUCGGGGGCAUGGGCGGUGGCAGCGGGAUGAGGGGUGGAUCGAGGUGCGGCGGUGGGAUGUUCGGAGAUGACUUCUUCGGAUCGGCGUUCGGCGGGGAGGGGUCCGCGAUGCACCCGCAGCGACCACAGAAGGCGGCGCCGAUCGAGAACCGGCUGCCGUGCAGUCUUGAGGAUUUGUAUAAGGGAACUACCAAGAAGAUGAAGAUCUCCAGGGAGAUCGCUGAUGCUAGCGGGAAGACAAUGCCAGUGGAGGAAAUUUUGACAAUUGAUAUAAAACCUGGUUGGAAAAAAGGAACAAAAAUUACUUUCCCAGAGAAGGGAAACGAAGCUCCCAACGUAAUUCCUGCAGACAUUGUCUUUGUUAUUGAUGAGAAGCCACAUGAUGUAUUCGUGCGGGAAGGAAAUGAUCUUGUAACUACACAGAAAAUCUCUUUGGUUGAAGCUCUUACAGGUUACACGGUACACUUGACUGCACUUGAUGGCCGGAGCCUUACAAUACCAAUUAACUCCGUAAUUCAUCCUGGCUACGAGGAGGUUGUUCCUCGAGAAGGGAUGCCGGUACCAAAGGAUCCUUCCAAGAGAGGAAACCUUCGAAUCAAGUUCAAUAUCAAGUUUCCGACAAGAUUGACUUCUGAGCAGAAAGCUGGAAUCAAAAGACUAUUAGCUCCAUGAGUUCCACAUGCUGCUGUGCAUCUGAUGCUGUAAAUAUCUGUGGUAAGCUGUGAUUGUAUUUGUAUCGGAAUUGAGAUUUUGCAAUAGGCUUAUUUAUGAGGUUUUUAUCUAGCAUUAGUAAAUUAUGAGCCUUUCAUAAUAAACAUAUCAUUGUUUAAUUAUAAAAAAAAUUGAAGAAUGAUCGAUUUAUUUACGGUAGGGUGUGAUUGAUUUAUU